AUGAUGAUCAACCUGCUUCAGAACUUGGGAAUCAUUGGGACCAUGUCAGUGCCUUGGCCUGUGAAUUUGGCCGGCUUCUUCAGCUUCAUGGAAGUCUUCACCUUCGACAUCGAUGGCCUGGCUUUCGCUUGCAUCAGUGGCGCGCAGCCGGUGUGGCGCUACAUCUUCACGGUGUGCUUCUUCCCUGUGGGCAUCCUGUGGUUGGCCUUCUGCGGUGCAGUGAGCCGAUGCAUUCCCAGGCUGCAAAGCUGGGACCCCGCCACGCGACAGCGCAUUCAAGUUGGGUUGACCAUGACAGGCCCAUUGUUGGCGAUGAGUGCAGUGAUCUUCCCAGAUUCGGUGUACAGUUGGCCCUGGAAAGCGCCCAUCUUGAACAUUGUGGACUUUGUGACCUGUUUGUCCUUAGCAGUCUUGGUGGUCUUGACAGGCCUCUAUGUGCCUGAAGUCACAGGCGACACACUCCGUGCAGUGCAGAUCUGCAGUAUGAUCUUGCUGGGCAUCAUCUUUGGAGUGGUUGGCCUGAUGAUUCUCUUGGCAAUUGUGGCCUUGUUCCACCGUGCUGCAAUCGGUAGCCAGCAGGAGCUGUGGAUCAUGACCGCCGGCCGAGCCCCGAAGCCCUCAUCGAUCGCCGACGAUUUGCAUACGAUGAUCGCACUUCUCAACAUCAUGACUGUGGAGGAACUGAAGGACAAGUUGGAAACACUUGGAAUCUACGAUUUGAAGCACUUGCUCUUGGGCAUGUCGGUCCUCAGCAGCGAGGUCUUGACCGCGAAGGACCCUGGCAGUCUGAGUUUGGUGUCCUCCAGCCGGGUGAGUUCCCAGGCAUUCACCGCCAAAGUGGUCAAGGCGCCGCCCACGUUGGCGCCAGCCGCGGCCUUGGAGCCUGCCAUGCCCGAGGCGCAGGAGCCUGCGCAAGAGAAGACCAAAACUGAGCUGCUAUAG